GGGGGUGCCUGCGUGCCGCUUAGCCCCUUCCUAGAGGCCGCGAAGGAGAGAGCAGGCGGGCGGGGUCUGGGCACGUGGAUCCCGCCCGCGUGUCACGCGGGAACGUGUGAAGGGCGCCUUCCCGUGCGCGCCCUCCAGAUGUUGCCACGGGUGGUGGGCGUCCGAGGCUGCUCCUCCGCCAGGCGCGGAGCAGAGAGAGCCUCGGGCCGGUGGCGGAGCCCGGUACUCGACGAGGCUCCCCCCGGUACGUGCGGAGGGGAGAGGGAGGGGCUCCUGGGAAGGAGAAGAAAGCGGAGCUGGCUGCGCCCGCCUUUGUUCCCGCCGCCGCUGCAAGGCUGGCACGGAUGCUCUGGGCAUCAGCUGGGCAUCAGUCAGGAAGGCUGGCAAAGGAAUGUCCCUUUGUGCUUCCAAGCCUUUUCUGCAUCCACAUGAGAAGCAGCAGAGCCUGUGGACACACUGCAGAGGGUAAUAUAAAUUUUGGCAGGGAAAUACCUGAUGGAGGAACGCUGUCCCCCGCCCGUCUUGUCCCCUUCCCACCGCCCCAAAAAAACCUAUUGGCAGCUGUUAUUUGAAGAAGAAAUGUGUGAGUUUCGAUACCAGCUCCAGCCUGGAUUAAGAGCCAUGAAGUUUUGAAGGAGGCUGACCACAGAUGGAGGCAAACGAGCCGAGAAACGCUGAGGGCUAGAAACACCACCAGCAUCAUUUUUUUUUUUUAAAAAAAAAGCCAUCCCGGGAGCAAGGGACAAAAAUAAACCGGAGCUCCCGGCAAGGAACAAAAUAUGCAGACCUCCUUAGAGAGGAUAACAGAGGCCCACCUUACCUUAUCUUAUGAUAUCAACAAAUUCCCUUCGCUGGGAGGGGAAGCGUCAAGAAAGAGCCUGAUUUCAAGGCCUUCUCCAGGGGGUGGGGGGUCCGUGAGCAAACCUGAGGCGGGAGAACAGUAUCCCUCCGGAAGGGCUUUCUUCAAGGGGAGGUGCCCGUUCUGGCUGAAGAGGAAAGGGGCCGCCAAUCCGCCUCAGGUGGCCCCCAAGAGCCGCCUCUGCAUGGAGGCCACUCACGAGAGCCCCAUCCAGGCCGUCCGGAAGCCGGCCACGCGGGAAGAUGCCCAAGGGCCGGACUCUGACGAGGAAUCUGUGCGAGGGAAAACAGGCACCUCUCUCCUCAGGAAACUCCUGUGCCUGAAAACGCCCAGCGGCCCAGAGGCAUCACCGGCCCAGAGGGCGAGAGUCCGGUGCGGGCCUGUGGCCGCUCUCAGCAGAACCGCCGACCCACACGGGGAGUCUCCUCUGAAGUGGAAGCCCAGGGCUAAGGCCCCGAUCCCAGCAGAGGCCAGCUCCAUCGCAGAGACGGCGGCGGCCGAUCCGGUGGACAGGCUUGUUGGCUGGUGGGUGACGAAGCCAUGGAGAGCUUUCAGGGCCAUGCUGAGAUCCAGAGCCAAGAAAAGGUCGGUUCUCCCAGAGAGCAAGAGAAGUCCCAAGGUGGUGGAAGAACGGGAUAUUCGCCUCGCUACAGAGCCUGAAACCUCGCCCAUCGCCAGGGUGGACGGAUCCCCCCGUUUUUCGGCCACGGAGGACAAAACUCUUGCAUCCGACAUGGGUGAAACUCAAGAGGAGGAUGAAGGCGAGCACCUGAGUUCCAGGUGUGGGCUGGAGAUCCAUGGGCGGGCAGAGGACGAUAUUUCGGACCCCGCGACUGAACGGGAAGUGGACGAGCUCUGCACUUUCUUGAGCGAGGGAAGGCGGCUUCGGGAAGAGAGUCGAGGCCUCAGGGGCGUUUUCGAGUGGAGAGGAACUUGCCACCUUCCUGGGGGGGACGGAGUAGAGGCGGAAGACGUCGCAGACCAGGCCCCUGAGCUGGGAGACUACAGGUACUGGGCUGGGGCGUCGGACGGAGAGGAACAGGCUCUCGCCGAUCUCGCCGAAAACCCAGGCGGGCAGGGCAUGCUGAUGGCGACGAGAGAUCUGGGCUGGCUAAACAGUGAGUUGCUGGCAAGCCCAGUGCUUGUGCCAAAGGAAAAGCGGGGAAGGGAGGUUUCCGCCACAAGCAAUCCCGAAAGCAGAGAGAAUGGGCGUGUGGCAGGCGCCAGCAGAGAGACCCAACACAUCCACCAGGAAGUGCUGCAUCUUAGCAGCGGCUUGGAUCCUCCGCCAGCCUCGCCACCUGGCAGAAGCGAUCCUCUGGAAGCAGACCCUUAUGACGCUCCCAAGGCCCACAUCGUGGAGGAAGAAAGAGCGCCAUCUCCUGACUUCCCACAGACCCUGCUGACCCUGCUGGAGCCACCUCCCUCCUUUCCAUCCGGAGGCCAAGGCCUUCAGGAGGGGCCACCCCCAUUAAGGCCCUGCCAGGCUCUUGCCGAGGACGGAGGAAGGGAAGUUUGCCAAAGGAGAGGGAGCUCCGGGCGGAAACUGCCAUCGCCCACGGAGGAAACCGCGGCAGAGCCGGGAGAGGAGGACGACAAGCAGCGGCUCUACCAGGCUGCGGUGGAGAUUGUGGGCGCUGCCAUCGACGCCGCAGCAGAGCAGCUGGCAAAGGCGGCCGAGCGGGAGCAAGGGGAGCUGGGGUCCAGGAGAGAAGUUCCUUGAGGUCCCCGUUCCUGGGGAGAGCAGAGAACUUUGAAAGCAAGCUUCGCCAACCUGGUGCCCUCCAGAUAUUUUCAAGUACUGCCUCCAGCCAUGUUCUCAUGCACCUCAGCUCUCCUGUCCGGCACUGGUGGGAGUUGAAGUCCAAGGCAUUUGGGGGGCACCAGGUUGACAGAGCAUGCUUUAAAGGCUUGGUUCAGGGGCCAGGCCUGCGCCUAAGUUCCCCUCCUGCCUUCACCAGCCUCCCCACUUAAUUCCUUAGUAACUUAUGGCAUCCCCCAUUUUUAUUUUUUAAAAGACCCUUUUAUUCCGGAGCCUGUGGGCAAGAGGAACAGGAGCGGAGGACUGGUGAGGUUUGACGUGUCAAAAAUACAAUUAAACCUGUUCCAAUGAA